CGCGUUUUGUGCACCACCGAAAACACAAAGCCGCUGUCAAUUGAAGCAAGCGAAAACUUUCUGUCAGUACUGUCUGUUCAAAUGUUUGUUUACAAGCAGAAUCGUUUACGCGUUGUUAUCGAUUGUGUAUAAAUUUAUCCGGAUAAAAAUGGAUACUCUUUUAAUGAGUGAAGAAUGGUUGGCGUCGCUAUCGUGGGCGGUAGAACUAAACGUGGAACAGCUAAGGGGUCGCAACCAGCGAAUUGUGCGCAGCUGGUGGAUGCAACCUUUUGUUGGAUGAUAUUGUUGCAGAACGGACCAACGAAACAAUUAAUACCUUCAUUCGCGUAAAACCAGAAGAUUUAGAAUUUUUACUGCGAAGCAUUGCACCGGAAAUAGCUCGUAUGAAUACGAAUAUGCGCGAUGCCAUCACCACUCAAGAAAGAUUGCUAAUAUUGCUUCACUACUUAGCUACAGGCCAUACCUUCAGUAGCUUGCAAUUUUUAUUUCGGGUGUCUCGUUCUUCGAUUAGCAGAAUUGUGAAAGAGACGAGUCUUUGCCUAAAUAAAGUGUUACGUUCCUAUUUGAAGCUACCGUCCACUAAACAACAAUGGCUGGAGGUAUCACAAAGGUUUGAGCAGCGUUGGAACUUCCCCCAUGCCAUUGGUGCGAUGGACGGAAAGCAUGUCAAAAUCCGCGCUCCUGCACACAGUGGAUCCGAUUACUACAAUUACAAAAACUUUUUUAGUAUUGUGCUUCUAGUAAUAGUGGACGCUGACUACAAUUUUCUGUUCGCGGAUGCGGGAGGAAAAGGAGGCAUUUCGGGUGGAGGAAUACUUCGAAACAGUCGAUUGUUUCAAAAACUGGAAAACAAGUUGUUGAAUAUACCUGAUCCAGAGCCUUUGCGAGUACCAUAUAGAGUUCCAGUACCGUACUUCUUGCUAGGAGACAAGGCUUUCGCCUAUACCGAUUACUGCAUCCGUCCAUUUGGUGGAAUCCAUUCACCUGGAAGUUAUCAGCGCAUUUUCAACUAUAGACAUUCCCGAGCUCGAAUGCCCGUUGAAAAUGCGCUGGGAAUUGUGACAAACAAAUUCGAAGUAUUAAGUGGACCAAUACGUCUUCCACCGGAUUUAGCAAAACACGUUGUUUUAACGCCAUUAUAUUUACACAAUUUCUUGCGUAAAAGUGCUUCAAGGCAUAUCUACUCGCCACCAUCUUCAUUCGACAGAGUCGUUAACGGAAACUUGGUACCUGGCGAUUGGAGAGCCAAUGAAGGGUUAGAAGGUCUGCAAGGUGUUUCGUCAAGAGCACCUGAUCGAUUGUUGAAUAUUCGAACGCAUGUGGCACUAGACUUCAAACAUAAUUAUAAUCAUUAUGGUUGAACUAUUAAUCAUAAUGGUCAGGUCGUUGCACAACAUGUCAAAUAAGAAUAAGCCAUUGAAAUACAACGAAUUUGUUUGAAUUGAUUUAUCAACGUCAUCGUCCUUAACCUUCACUAAUAACAUGUUGUGAUAUUGAUGUGAUAUUAUCUAUAUAUU